AUGUUCAGCGUUCUCUGCCUAGCAUUCCUUCUCGCAUUCAGCACCAAUGCAGGUUAGUUCCCCCUAUCUGAUUGGUGCGUUUCCGGUGUGCUGACUUCUGUCCUACGAAUGUAUCGGCAUUCCGCUCACUGUAAGACCUGUACACUUCGACGUAGGGCUAACAAACGAGAUGCUGAAAGCAGUGUUCAUAAUCUCUUGUAUCCGACUGUCUUCCAGUAUCAUAGGCAUUUAAAGUCAGGUUAGUCAGUGCAGGUCCACCGUCGAAGAAGUGUGAUUCGGAGUAUUCGCCUUAAUACUGACCAACGCGUUCCUUCCCCAGUUAACACGACAUGGAAUGACUCCUUCUAGAGCUUCUUUUAGUUUUUUCCCAGCCCAUCUCCUUUCUCUACCCCAUUCCACCAGGAGAUGCCUCAGAACCCAAUGGCAAACUUUGGGGCUACGCAUUUUGGGUUCAGGUAUGGGGUGUUUGCAGCCUUCGGAGACUCUGAGAAUGGUCAAUUCAGCCUCUUUAUUGUUGACUCCAAAAUUAACUGCCUUCCUUCAACGUGUUGUUUUUCGUCUUUGUUAUAUUUGUUCUAACUUAAGUCUAUAUAUAUAACGUCCUGCUAUGCGGCUGCCGGCGGGCUCGAGAGAGAGCUCCGGACGAGUGAGUUCCGUGAUGUAAUCCGUGGGUGUACCUUUACCAUCCUAUACAUAUAUGUAUAUUGCUGAAAAACGGGCAUCCCAAGAAAUUUAAUUGAAAAUAAGUAAGAUUCUUUGGGAAGGGAAUAAACUUUAAUGAGUAAAUUUUCGAGUCUGGUUCCCCAGCUCGUCGUCAGACUUUUGGGCAAUGUACAAAAACAGUUAACUAUUUAACCGUGUCAAACAAGUGAUUCUAUGGUUGGCACCUCGCUAAGAGUGCAACAGACCAGACGCAGACAGCUGUUUCACGGUCGUUACCGAUCAUCAGUACGCCAUAGGCCUUAUGAAGUGAGGUAUAUAGGCAUGUCAAGUGGGCUUUUGACCCUUACUGUUGUGGUUAGGAUCACAUUCGAUCCCAUUCUGUCCGCCCGCCAGUUUGCAACUGGCGACAAUGACAGUGCGGGUCAAACGUCCACUUGACAUGCUUAUAUACCUCACUUCAUAAGGCCUAUGACGUACUGAUGAUCGGUAACGAUCGUGAAACUGCUGUCUGCAUUUGGCCUGUUGCACUCUUAGCGAGCUGACUAUAUGUCCUAUGUGGUAUGUGUACUACGACACAGCGUUCGUUGUCGCCUGUAGCAAGCUGGCUGGCGGACAGAAUGAGAUCGAGUGAGAUUCUAAACACAACAGUGAGGACCAAACGCCCACUUGACAUGCAUAUAUGUAUAUAUGUAAUAGUUUUGAAAGCAUACAUUCGUGUAAGUUUAUCGCCUGUAAAGCAGCCUUUCCGAUACUGCCUAGCCAGGGAUACCAUGUCAAAUUAAUCAAAUUAAUCAGAAGCUAUCGCAUCAGCAUUCGGUACGAAUCAUCGACCUUCGCAUCUGCUGCGAUUUUUCAAUGCUCGAUGGCCCACAGUUACUUACUUUGAUUACUAUAACGCUGCAAAAUUACCACCCCUGCUCACCAAAUGUUUUGCUUGUAGCGGGCAACAAUGUCUGCACUUUACCAGUCGAGCCCGGUCUAUGCAGAGGCUUCUUCCCCAGCUUCGCCUACGUUCCCGAGGUGAAUCGUUGCGAAAAAUUCAUCUACGGUGGCUGCGGUGGCAAUGGCAAUCGUUUCGAAAGCCUUGAGGAGUGCCAGCGAGCCUGCGGCGGCAAUAGUAAGUCUUGAUUCCACUUGUUGUCCUCUGACCACUUACUCUUUGGAAUUUUUACUGAGUGACUUCUCAGCCGUCCUUGUCGACGAUGGGGGCAGUCCCGAUCCGAACUGACUGCGAGUGCCGUACAGAUCACAUCUUGUAGGAGUUCAGGCAGCCGCAGUCUGGGCCCAUCUCUCUUCUGAGAGGCGGGUCGAGCUAUUUCCAGGGUUAACACUCUCCCAAGCCAGGGAUUUGAUCACACUGGGAUAGAUUCAAUCCCGUCCGUGGCGUUAAGCAGGGUCCGUGUGCGUAGCUCUAUCUCGGCAAAAUGGUGCCAUAACCGCAGCUCAAUGAGUACAGACCCAAAUGACAUUCCAUCUACAGGAGCUCUAUCCUUCCUCCUCCACCUCCUGCCUUCACCUCACUGCACGGUUCCCAUGACAACGGGUACACUAAUAAACCCUGCUGGCGGUGUCUGGAUAAAUUUUGUCCCUUGUGCGAGGUAACUCUGUCACUACAUUCACAUCAGUCCCACUGAUCGGUGCUGCUGUUUCGAAUUGUAGCCAGAUUAGGUGUGCGGAUUUGCGACUUUACAUAAAUCAAGACUUUGAGUUCCCUGUGCUCCGAUACAGUUGAGCCACCUCCAUAGGUCAGGUGGUAUAUAAGUGCCGAUGGUCUAUGAAGCAUCGGCGUUAGUGCGAAACAAAUAGAACGCCCAGCCUCGCUUUCCUUGAUUUUUGAUGCCCCUAUAAAUUCAGGUAUAUUGCAUAGAAUAGUACUGCUUAUGGAUUUUAUAUCAUAACACACAUGCAUUGCAGAGAAAGCACUUUCUCGCUUUUAAAAUGCUUCUAGUUAGUAUAUUUCGUAAAACCGUGAAAUGUAUAUCCACAUGGCAUCCUACCUGUACAUUUGUAGAAGCCGCUUAAAUAGUAGGCAACAUGGUCUACAUUAAUUGCAAAAUUUUACGAGCCCUACAUGCCCUCUUUUAGGUAUCCUUGAGAAACAUAUAAUCUUCCUUACAAAGACAACAGAUAGCAUGUAGUUUAGAAACUCUAGGCACAAUGACCACUGUUGGUAUGGUUCAAAAUUAUUCGAGAACUAAAAAUACUUUCAAAAGUUAAAGACGCUUCUUCUCUAAGUAAACAGAUUUGAGGAAUACGUGGUUUACUAUAAAAUGGAUUCUAGAAAGCGUAGUUUUGCAAACGUCAUCUGUAAGGUAUGUUUGAAUUUACGAGCACAUUAGAACGCGGUAGAAAAUAUCAAACUAUUUAAGCAGUCAUUCUUACCGGAGUGAGAUUUUUUCAGGCAGCAGGAAAGGAUACCGUUAAAGAGCCGGCAUCCUACCGUGACUGAGAGAUCUUCAUAAUGUACUGCAGAAUAAUCAGUAGUAUAACCCUACCUGAGUUAUCCUUCCUACUCGAAGACAAAUCGCCUGUUAUAUAACCAAACAGACAGAACACCGCAGUUUGUACUGCAUAAGCUUUCCUUGACUUAUAAGCAAGCAAAGUAUGGUAGAUCCCCACCCUGACGUUUUGAACUAGUAGUUCGCGAACUAAUGUUGGAGGAGUCUCAGAUUCUCAACCCAUCAUCAUUUUCAGGUCGGGCGAAUCGUUGUGAGUUGCCCAUUGAGGCCGGAAACUGCCUCGCCUAUCUUCCUCAUUACGCCUUCGAUAGAAGACAGCGCAAAUGUGUGCGCUUCAUCUACGGCGGUUGCGGAGGAAACGCCAACAGGUUUGCCACUCUGGAAGAAUGCAGGAGGGCCUGCGAAUAG